AUGUCCAUGAGAAGUACGCAGGGCAUGUCCAUCGCCCAGGCGUUGGCCAUGACUGUGGCUGAGAUACCAGUCUUCCUCUAUUCCACAUUUGGACAGUCCAUCUUCUCCCAGCUGAGGCUGAGCCCGAGUUUGAAGAAGGUGCUCUUCGCCACAGCGCUGGGCAGCGUGGCUUUGGCGCUCACCGCCCACCAACUCAAGCGGCGCGGCAGGAAGAGGAAGCAGGUGGUCCAUUCCAAGGAACCCCAGGCGCCGGUCGGAGUGCCCGAGGCAUUACUUAGGACGGGGAGGCCGUCGUCCUUGAAGAGAGGCCCGCUGUCAGGCCGGCAGGCGAUGAGCCCCAGCACCCGCAGCAAUGACACACUGAGCGGCAUCUCAUCUCUCGCGCCGAGUAAACAUUCAAGUUCUUCACACAGCUUGGCAUCUAUGCGGGUCGCGACCUCCCCGAAUCAGUCGGUCAAUCCACCGACGCCUUGGGAGGCCGAAGAGACUGCAGAAGGGCAGACGGCCGCCGUUGAAGAAGCCAAUGCGGAGAAUCUCUAUCUAAUGGGCAUGGAGCUUUUCGAAGAAGCCCUCCACAAAUGGGAGCAGGCGCUGCACGCGCGCCAUGCCCGCAGGAAUUUGAGCAGCAGCAACAGCAGCUUGACGCUGCAGGGGGCGAUGGCCGGAGACGCGGUAAGUUUCACAGAGGCGCAAAACAAAGUGUUUGCCGACAAGCUGGAGACGCUGCUGCAUCGUGCGUAUCACCUGCAGGAGGAUUUUGGCGGCAGCAUUCCUGCUGACAGCGUUCUAGCUGACUUUGAGAGCGAAGGAACGCUCAUUUUACCCCCGCUGGAGAGUUUCCAGCUGCUGCCUGAUGAUGACGCCGCUACAGUCUCGUCGGACGACUCCUUCUUUUCUGCCGUGGAGAUGUUUGACACCAUCUCAUUACAAGACCCCUACCAGCUCCUAAAGCCUGCCCCGCUCUAUGAGGAAGCUUUGGCUCGUGUCAGAGAAGAACGGGUGGCCUACAGGUCGCUAAGGACUGAACUACUUGAAUGUUACGGGGACCACGAUUUCCUGGCAAAGCUGCACUGCGUGAGACAAGCAUUCCAGAUGCUGUUGUUAGAUGAGACUCACCGCACAUUCUUCAUGGAGACGGGCAAGCAAAUGAUAGCCGGCCUAAUGGUGAAGGCCAACAAGAGUCCUAAAGCAUUUCUGGAAAGCUAUGAGGACAUGCUGCUAUACACUCAGAGAGAAGAGACGUGGGCCGUCACCAAGAUGGAACUGCAGGGUCGAGGGGUGGUGUGCAUGAGCUUCUUUGACAUAGUGCUGGACUUUAUCCUGAUGGAUGCCUUUGAAGACUUGGAGAACCCGCCCUCGUCAGUGGUGGCCGUGCUGAGGAAUCGCUGGCUCUCGGACAGCUUUAAAGAAACGGCUUUGGCGACGGCUUGCUGGUCCGUGUUGAAGGCCAAAAGGCGUCUCCUUAUGGUUCCCGACGGCUUCAUUGCCCACUUCUACACCAUAUCGGAGCAUGUGAGCCCUGUUCUAGCCUUUGGCUUUUUAGGCCCCAGGCAGCACUUGAGUGAAGUGUGUACGAUAUUCAAGCAACAAAUUGUGCAGUACCUCAAGGACAUGUUUGAUCACGACAAGGUACGCUUCACCUCAGUGCAGUGCCUGGCCGAGGACAUCUUAAAACUCUCGCACCGCCGCAGCGACAUCCUACUGGGCUACCUGGGCAUCGACGGCCUCCAGGAGCUCAACGGGGGCCCGGCCGGUGACAUGCAGGGACCCCACUAA